AUGACGGGUACUCAGCUACGCACCCAGAAUCCACCGCCCGAUCGACCAAAGAAGGGAAAAGAUAAGAAGAUUUUCAGUUGUCACUCAUGCAGACGGCGGAAACUCAAGUGUGACCGAUUCGAUCCAUGUGGAGCGUGUCAGGCACGCGGGGAGGGAGACCGAUGUACAUGGGAGGAAGGACAAAGGCCGGAACGACAUCAUUGUGAAAGCCUCGAGCAGCUUCCAAGAAUGAUCUCGAAUUUGAGUAAAGAAGUCCAAGAACUCAAACUACUGAGUUCGAGCCUCAUGGAGAAUAUUCGUGGCAAUGGGGGAGAGAAUAUGACGGAGACCCUAGCGGCCAUGACACCGGAUACUCAAAAGUCUUCGAUUGUGGGACUAUCAAGCGAUGUUAAUAGUUCUUGGGGUCUUCAAUCAUCAAAUGUCCAACAGUGGACCUCAUAUAAACUAAUGGCUUUGCUUCCUGCAAGCCCCCUUCUUCGGGGUUUGAUUUCUCAUUAUAUCUUCGCCUCUGCUUCACUAACGGGCUUUAUCGACAUCCAUCGACUCAUCACUGAUGUCGAAGAAAUCGAGCAUCUUCGUCAGGGCUUCGACGUCGGCCAAGCCUCCAGAGCCCUUGAAGUCAAAGUGUCCCGAAUUCUCGCAUGUGCUAGUCUUGCUGCUGUUGAUCUGGAACCAGGCAAAGCACAAGAGCUAGGUAUAGAAGUGAACGAAGUUGACGAUCUCGUUCGAAACUUAUAUCGAAAGGCACGGAUGCUUAUAACGCCAAAUGACGAAGACACAAUGUCUAUAACAUCAUUUUCAAACCAAACAGCAAAAUCCACAAUACCCAAUAUGACCCCCAAUAACCUCGGUGAGCCUUCAAACAAUGGGCUCACCUCUCAUACCCCACCUCCAACUAGCUCGAAUCAAAUCAUCCUUGACAUUGUAUCCAUCAAGAUUAUACUCCUAAUCUCAGCACGAUCAUUCGCCGCACCCUCAGAUUACCUCAAACUCCACCUAGAUGUUAUCUCGUCAGCAGUAAAUGCAUCGACAGAUUCCUUCGGUCAUGCAGGCAUGUCAUAUGCUGAAAGUGAAUGGCGGUGGCAGCUGUGGUCCACACUUUGCGUGCUAGACUGGACAUCACCGGGAAUCUACCACCAUGGUAGUUACUUUAUCCGUGCAGAGAUGCACCGGAGCCCGCCGUUGCCGACACCAGUGGCGGAUGAUAGCUAUGGGUUGGCUCUUGAUCAACGUCGACAAACGCGACACUACCUCGAGUAUGCACUUGCAAUUGCGCAUCUGGCACGGCGCGCCGAAGACUGUAUCCUUCAACCAGGACCUGUAUCGCCAAACCAAGCUGCCGACCUCUGCGCCGAGUUGGAUACACUGGACCAUAACUUGAGCUUUUACCAGCUACUAGGGAGCCAAGGACCUUUUUCUGUACGGAGUACCCCGUCUCCCAGAAGAAACACUGUCCCAGGUGGAGAGGGCAACGAAAAUCUCCCUCGCCGUGCCCCGCAGGUACAAAAGAUGCACCUUAGCCUCGAGCUCGGACUUAUCCGCUUCAAGCUGUUCCGACACGAAGCCUUUUACCUCAUGCACAAUCCUUCGGCUGCGACUCCACUUCAGUUGAUGUGCCUAGAUGCCUGUAUGGAUGCAUGUAUAUUUGUUCUCGCCCAGUGUCGUCGCCUGGGAAAUGGGGAUGGGGUAGAUCAGCUUCCUGAUAUCUUGGAGGAGGCGGAACGGCCCUGCACUGGAAGUCUGCGCCGCGUUUUGCAGCCGGCCUCGUCAGCCGCUCUGGUUGCGCAAGUGCUGCUGCAUGAAUCUCAGGCUGCUGACGGGAUGGGGAUUUUGGGGCGAGUGGAGCCUCCACCCUCGGGACGGGAAUUCUUUGCCUUUGUGAGUGGAGCUGAGGAUUAUUGGGGUAAUCCCACUAAAUUGAGUGCGGAAAAGAUAGGUGCCUUGCAAUGGCAUGUUAAUAAGGUGUUGUCGUUGCUUGAAGCGAUGCAGGAGACUUCUUCAUUAGCGCGGUUUAAGUUAAGUCUACAUACCCAGUGUAAAUAA